CUCUGCAUCCCGGAAAUUCACUCGUCAAGAUGGCGACGCGCAUCGGAAGCAUGGGAUUUCUGAGCACGAUAUUUCAACCAGUAUUGACAUUGCGAAGUCAUGGGGUGAAUGUCAAAAGAUUUGUGCGUAGACGCAGAUCUGUGUCUGGUUUAAUUUCAGAGAACCAGUCGAUAGAAAAGUCGAAACGAGUCGUCAGUCAGAACGAACAUUUAGCGCAGGACCCUGAAAAAGACAGCAUCUCGAAUACAGUACAGUUCUCACUGUUACCUCAGGAAAAGGUGAUAAACACAGGCUGUGACAAUCAUAGAUCCACCACAUUGCCCCGUUUUGGAGAAUUUAAUGGUUUGUUGUAUGAGAAAGCAAAGCCUGGAGACAAAAGUUUGAAAAGGUUGGUCAGCAUAUCUCGAUCCAAGAAGCUUCGGGAGCAGCAAAGCAAAGUUGUUCUGGAGGGAAAGCGUCUUAUAUGCAGCGCUCUGGAUGCAGGGGCCACAGCGCACGCGGUUUAUUUCAGUUCCGUGGAUGCACUGCGGGAGCUUCCCCUGGACAAACUCAAGCAUGCCAGCGUUGUGAAAGUCAGCAUGGAAGAUGCUAAAAUCUGGUCUGAUCUUGACAUCUCAAAAAGCGUGAUGGCCAUAUUCAAACGGCCCGAAGCAUGCCGUUUAACAUUUUCAGAAGAAAAGUGUGGCAAGCCGUUGCCUCUGACACUGAUUUGCGACAACGUGAGAGACCCUGGAAACCUGGCCAUGGUGUUACGUUCUGCUGCCGCCGCCGGGUGUCGCGGUGUGCUGCUCACUAAAGGAUGUGUGGAUGUUUGGGAGCCCAAAGUUCUCAGGGCAGCUAUGGGCACUCACUUCCGUCUCCCUGUAAUCCCGGGCCUAACAUGGAGUGAUAUACCAAAUCACCUGCCCAAAACGGCAACCGUUCACGUAGCCGACAACUGCAGCACCACCUUGACUGAAAAUCAUAACACUGUAAUCGCUCAAAAACAGAAAAAGCCUUCCGAUUACGGUUGGGUCAGAGGACAUCAGUACCCAAGGAAGGUGGAAUACGAGGAUGAUAAUUUCAGUGGUUUUGAGGAUUACGAUAGCGGCAAAUCCCUCGAGACGCAGUAUUAUUACAUCGACUGGGUUGCUAGGCACACAGGUCUUGUAAUUGGAGGAGAAUCGCACGGUCUGAGCCAGGAGGCUUUGCGAUUGGCCGAGAGGACUGGAGGACGGAGGCUGCUGAUCCCCAUGGUACACGGUGUGGACAGCCUGAACUCUGCCAUGGCUGCAAGUAUUUUGCUUUUUGAAGGAAGAAAGCAGCUGCUGUCACUGGCUGAGAAGAUAAGAAGACAGAGACCUUCGUGAAAAGGAAAAAAAAAGAUAAUAACAACAUACAGUCAUUACAUAAUCAUUAUGUAAUAUAAACACAUCCAGUAUGUUUUUCUGUGUGUGUGAUGUUUAUAUAUUUGUACUGAACCAUUAACCGACAGGAUCGUUAAAUUUAAAAGAAAUUUGAAUCGA